AUGGAUGUGUGGUAUCUCAUUGUUGCAAUAAUCUUGUUUGCAUCUAUACUCGUUGCAAAGAGCACCAGAAAAACAAAGAAAAACCUACCUCCUGGACCACCAAGACUUCCUAUAAUUGGCAACUUGCACCAACUGGGAUCCAAACCUCAUCGUUCCAUGUUCAAAUUAUCUGAAAAAAAUGGACCUCUAAUGUCCCUCAAGCUUGGAAAUGUGUCUACCGUUGUGGCGUCAACUCCAGAGACAGUGAAAGAUGUCUUGAAAACGUUCGACGUUGAUUGUUGUUCACGACCUUACUCGACGUACGCUGCAAGACUUUCAUACAACCGCAACGACCUCAGCUUUUCUCCUUAUAGCAAAUAUUGGAGGGAACUGCGAAAGCUGACAGUUAUAGACACCGCGAAAAGGGUGAAGUCGUUUGGACAUAUCAGAGAAGAAGAAGUUGCCUCCUUCGUUGACUUCAUCCGACAAUCUGCCUCAUUGGAGAAACAGGUUAACUUCAAUCUCAAGUUUAUGAAAUUGUCAGCAAGUGUGAUUUGUAGGCUUGGAUUUGGGAUGAGUCUUGAAGGGAGUAAACUUGAGAUUACUUAUGAUGAAGUCAUUCAAGGGAUCAUGGAGGUUUUAGGGAGUUUCGCUGCAGCGGAUUUCUUCCCCAUUAUUGGUAAAUUAAUCGAUAGGCUCACGGGGUUACAUGGCAAAUGUGAGAAGGUUUUUCAAGCAAUGGAUACAUUUUUCGAUGAAGCUAUAAAGUGUCAUUUAGACGAUGAGAGUAUCAAAGAUGAUAUCAUAGCCUUGCUCCUCAAGAUGGAACGGGGAGAGAUUGGACUUGGAGAGUUUCAACUUUCUCGAAACCACACCAAAGGAAUUCUUCUUGACAUUCUUGUUGCUGGGAUAGACACUUCUGCCCAAACUGCAACAUGGGUGAUGACACAUUUGAUUUCAAACCCAAGAGUUAUGAACAAAGUGCAAACCGAGGUGAGAGAAGUGGUCAAAAACAAAGACAAUAUCACAGAAGAUGAUAUAGAGCAACUGAAGUAUCUCAAAAUGGUGAUUAAAGAAACAUUAAGGAUAAACCCGCUUGUGCUACUUCUAAUUCCUAGAGAGGCGUCAAAGGAUUUAAAGAUCAGAGGUUAUGACAUUCCAAAAAAUACAUGGAUCUAUGUCAACGUUUGGGCUAUUCACAGGAACCCAAACAUUUGGAAAGAUCCAGGAGCUUUCAUCCCUGAGAGGUUUGUGGACAAUGAAAUUGAUUAUAAAGGUCUAAAUUUUGAGUUGCUGGCAUUUGGUAGUGGAAGGAGGAUGUGCCCUGGUAUGGGUGUGGGUAUGGCUUUGGUACACUUGACUCUUGUCAAUCUUCUUUACCGUUUCGACUGGAAGCUCCCGGAAGGAAUGGAGACAAGAGAUGUUGAUCUUGAAGAAUCAUAUGGACUUGUCUGUCCUAAGAAAAUUCCACUUGAGCUUAUCCCGGUUAUUACAAAGCGGACUUGA